GGGAAGGGGAGAGUGAGAAAGCGCGAUGGAAAAUGUAAGCGCGAAUGGGCUGGGAACGUGUGGGUCGGAGUCUGCUCGGGUGCUCCAGUGCACACUGGGUUUUGAUCCAUCCGCGAUCUAAGCAGUAUAAAACGUCAGCAUUGCCGAACUGACAAUCGCGCGGAGUACUCGUGCUUGGGUCAUUUUAUUACCCGCAUUAUUAUCAUUAUUAUUACGUCGUAACAAUAAUCAUUUUUACUUACGAUUAUUAUUAAUUUAUCCCCACCGUUCGAACUGUCGUUAGUUGACACGAUGUCAUUUGCAUUUUUCGAGUGCCCGACCAUCAUCAGCUAACUUUGAAGUGUUUGUUUACAUUUUGUGGAACUGUGACAUUUUUUUUGUUGUUGUUUUAUUUGUGCUUAAGGACGCAUCCCUCCUAUCGGGGGAGCAUUAAAAAUCAGCCAAAAUUAACGCCGCAAUUAUGAACUCUUAUUUUGAACAGAGUGGCUUCUACGGAAGCCACCACCACCAGGGCACAGGCUCGGUUACGGGGGCUCAUCAUCAUGAUCCUGCUGCUGCGGCGGCAGCCUACAGAUCAUUCCCUUUAAGUUUGGGAAUGUCGCCUUAUGCAUCCACUCAGCAUCACCACGCAGCACAUUCCUUACACCAAACCAGACCUCCACAAGAUUCUCCGUAUGAUGCUUCAGUAGCAGCCACAUGCAAACUAUAUUCUACCACAGACGGGCAGCAAAAUAGCUACAGUAAUCCCACGGGCAAAUCAGAUUGUUCGAAAGGUAACGUGGAUCAGAAUGGGUAUGCGGCUGUGGUAGCGGCAUCAGAGGCAGUGAAAAAUGCAUGGCAAAAUGCUACUUCGGGCACGGGUGCUAAUUUGGCAAACAGUUUAGCUGGACCCGUACGUCCAUCCGCGUGCACUCCUGAUUCUAGAGUCGGUUAUGGAUCAUCCGGGUUGAUCGGCGGAGAUCCCUCCACGAGUCCCGGAGCGGCUUCUGGUACCAGGACGUCAAAUUCCCUGUCUUCUUGGAAUAAUCCGUGUUCAUUAAAUACUUCUUCAUCGCAACCAGUUGGGACGCAGAUUCAUCAGCAGACGAACCACACUUUUUAUCCUUGGAUGGCGAUAGCAGGAUACUAUAAAGGUGCUAACGGGUUAAGGAGGCGCGGCCGUCAAACGUACACCAGGUACCAGACGUUAGAGCUCGAGAAGGAAUUCCACACCAACCACUACCUGACUAGGCGGAGAAGGAUAGAAAUGGCGCACGCGCUUUGCCUGACAGAGAGACAAAUUAAAAUAUGGUUUCAAAAUAGGCGGAUGAAGCUCAAAAAAGAAAUACAGGCAAUAAAAGAACUAAACGAACAAGAGAAACAAGCGCAAGCGCAAAAAGCGGCGGCCGCGGCAGCUGUAGUUGCACAGCAGGUGGAUCAAAACUAGUUAAUUGCCCCCCUCCCUCUCUCCAGUGAUAAUGGCGGGAUGUACGGCUGCUGAGUUCAUUUACUGAUAAGGUAAGUGAGCUUUCAGCCAUUAGAACAGCAAUACCAAAUUUAGCCACGUCUCGAUAUACGAUAUACGUAAAAAAAAAACAAAUAAUAUACUAUGCCAAUUUUGUAUUAUACAUAAUAAGAAUUGCCCAGCAUUAAGUGUGUCUAAUUUUUUUUAUUAGUUUUAAUAAACUGAAUACGUACCUUGCCUUAAAAAAUUAUUUUAGAGCAAAUAAGUAGAUACUCAAAGAAAAUAUUUAUUAUUGGCUAAAAUGUACUUGAGUCCCAUUUUCUUGAGAGGAGGGGGGCAGUUACUUUUUUCCCUUACGUCUGCAGGUUAAGUAUAAAGUAGAAUUUCGAUACUGUAAAAUUAACAAUAAUAAAUAACUAAGGAUAGUAGGCUUAUACCGUAAACAACCUUUAUAAUGUUUUGCAAAAAAUAAAAUUGGUUUUAUUUGUAUAAAUUAAAUAAUUAUCCAUUUUAAAAAAUGAUUUUUCUUUGUCAAACGUUAUGUCUACAAUUUUAAAUUACAUUUUAGCAUAUUUUAUUAAAAUUAUACAUUAUAUCGCAGAUUCGAGGCUUAUUACUGCAACAGUAUGAGACACGAAGUGGGUUAAAUUAAUGCAAAGUUUAGCAAUUUAAUACCAAAGUAUUUUUUUUUUAUUUCAAUCUAAAUGCUUCUCUGAAAAUGAUUUUUACAUUAUUUAACAUUAAUUUUUUAAAGAAGUUCUAAAUGAUUGUCAAGCUUUAUUUUAAAAAUUCAAGGCGUAGUCUCUUGAGGCACUGUUUUUUUUCGUAAAACUACUUAUUAUAACUAUUUCAUACGCAAGUUAUUUGAAUGAUAUUUAUUAUUAUAAAAAAGAUUUAAGCCAUUAUUAAAUCAGAUAAGUAUUUACCAAAAAUGCUUUAAAAUGACGUUUAUUAUUUUUGCUUUAAGUGUCUAAUGGUACUUUUCUUUUAAUUAAUAAAUUUAUUAAGUUAUUAAAAUUUCAUUUAUUAAAAAUGUUAAUUAUUUAACUUAUUUCCAGAAGCACUAAAA